AUGUCGAACAAAUCGUCAGCCCCAACUUCACCAACACCUUCAGACAUUCUUGCAGCAUCACUUGCUACACUCGAUUUCACGCAUGUUUUUUAUGAUGUUGAGGAUCCAUUAUCAUUAGGCAUGGCAUACCUAUCUCUGGUCCCUCAGGGACUCACAAUUGGGUAUGCUACACUGAUGCUGUCGCGCCGUGAAAUGGAAACUUUUAUGAUGUUUGCAGGACAGCUUGCCAAUGAGCUUAUUAAUGGAAUCAUCAAAGACAUUAUCAAACAAGAACGACCAAACGAAACUUUCGGUCAGGGCUACGGAAUGCCUUCCGCACACUCUCAAUUUAUCUUCUUCUAUGCCGCCUAUCUCACCACUUGGAUGUACACCCGCGCAAUUCGCUUCUCAGCAUUCAAGCGUGCAUACCGUACAGUAGGUCUUUUUAUUCUUGCCAUCCUCGUCUCCUCCUCCCGUGUUUACCUUUCUUACCACACAACGGAGCAAGUCUGUGUCGGUGCAGGAAUCGGAACUCUUUUUGGCGUCUUUUAUGCUCUUUUUAUUGGGCUCUUACGCGAUACCGGUGUUGUUGAUUGGGUUUUGAGCUGGCCGUUGGCUCAUUUGUUUUACAUUAAAGACACUUGCUUAGACCAUGAAUCUACCAUAGAGAUGGAAUACAAACGCUGGCAACAUGUACGACAAAAACAAAAGAUUAUUUCAAAGAAAAAGGAUUAA